AUGACGGUUGGUAUCUUUUUCCAUUGCUUUGGCUUUUGUCUCCCUCUGCUGGGCGCUUUAAAAACGUCUCAGUUGCUUCUAAACGCAGUACUUAGAAAUUUACGCAGCAAACGUGUCGUAAAACGUUUUCAGCCUUCAGGGAACGCCCGCUGUGCUUCUGUAGAGACGUCACGAGACGAUGACGCGCUCCCCCGCGCGCGCCGUGUCCCGCCGUGCUGUGAGGCGCAGCCUGGCUUCGUGCCGCCGCCGUGCUGCGCGAGGGGCGCCCGGACUGCGCGGCGCUCGCGGUGCUUUUCCGCGGCCCGGCCCCGCCGCCGGCGGCGCAGAGACUACGGGCCGCCUCGGCCCCGCCCCUCCGUGACGCCGCUCCCGGCGCGAGCCAAUCCCCCGGGCCCGGCACAUUCAAACGGGGCGGGAGGAGGACGCGAACCGUGGUCGGGGCGCGCGGAGGCGAGACGGAGGGUGAGCGGGGCGGCCGAGGGGAGGGCCGGGGCUUCGCUUCCUGUCGCAGCGGGGAUGGGUCUCCCUCAGGCUGCCCGCAGGGGACGGGCCGUUGCUGGGGCGGCCGGUCCCGGCGCGGCUCGGGGGCUGAGGGUGCGCGCUCCGAAAGCUGUAACUGUGAAGUGUAGCGUUAAAGGAAACUGCCAAGCAACUAAGUAUAAUAUUUUAGGAAGCAGCUGUAUUUACUGUAGUCCUCAUGUUAACUUGUUUGAAGACAAAAUGCCUGUUCACAUAGUUUCUGUAAGCAAGACCUAUAAAGUACCAUGUACUACCACUUCGCAGAAGAUAGCUUCGCAAAAUGCCUUAGCUAGCAGCAAAAUGUUGGAGCAGCAACUGGCAUCAAAGGUAUCAGAAGAAGACCAGGACAGUCUUCUGUCGCGUUCUCAGAAUAAGUCUGAGGAAGCAAAUAGGACCUAUGUGAUUUCGGCCUGUAAAAAUGUGGAUGAUGCAUCGCUUACACUGAAACCUCAGGACAGAUUAACGCUCCAGAGGAGAACUAGAACAAGCAAAAAUUUGGCAUCAAGUAGUGAACAAUCUGGUAAAAAUACACCCCAGGGCACAGAGAAUAAGCAAAUGGAGAAAAGGCUUACCCUGCAGAGGCGUGUGAAGAGUGGCUCUGUAGAAAAGAGUACAAUUAAUGGGAAUACCAUGUCUGGUGCAGAAAACAGUGUCUUUGAUCCUGAAGGAAAAUAUAAGAUUGCACUUCAACGUGGUAUUAGUAAUAAUGAUACCCGUUAUAUUAAACCAAGCUGUAAGUUAGCUGAGAGUCAACAAGUUAUAAAGUUGAGUUAUCAGUCUAAUAGCAAGGAUUUGUUUGGCGAUGUUGAAAACAGUGGCUGUGUGCACUCAAAAUGUAGGACGAGCGCUGCUGAUGCAAAACUUGAAAAAGAAGUGCCAAUAUCAGAACAAAUAGCUACCUCAAAAUAUGUUAAUCAGAUAUCAGGAGAGCAGCUAAACAAACAAGGAGAUACAAGAAGAAUGGAUAGAAAGCCAAGGUUACAACAGUUAAAGCAUAACAGCUUGGAAAGACCAAGGACGCCAACAAAAGCUUGGACAGAAGAAUUUAAGCUUACACCAAAGAACAGCACUUUUCAGGUUAAGUCAUCUCUAUCUGCUUCAAGUAAACAAACAGCCAAUCUUCCAACUGUGUCAGGAAAGAAAACAAGCUCUCCUCCUGUGGGUAGAAGUGCAAAAGCAGACGAGAAUGCUGAAAUUCUAGCUGAAAGCAACAGCAUUGAGAAAGAUAUUUUCAAAGUAGAAAACAGUAAAGUCGUCGUAGCUGUGCGUGUGCGGCCUUUCAGUAGCAGAGAGAAAAAUGAGAACUUGCUCCCUGUGGUAUCUAUGAGCGGAUCAGAGACAUCUGUACGAAAUCCAAGCACAAACCAACUCUACACCUUCAGUUAUGACUUCUCUUUUUGGUCUUUUGACAAGUGUCAUCCUAACUUUGCAAGCCAAGAAAUGAUUUACAAAACUUUGGCAUUGCCGCUACUGGAAAGAGCUUUUGAGGGGUACAACACUUGUCUUUUUGCUUAUGGGCAGACUGGCUCUGGAAAAUCAUACACGAUGAUGGGCUUUGGUGAAGACCGGGGGAUAAUUCCAAGACUUUGUGAAGAUCUUUUCACUCGGAUAGCACAGAUGGACCAGCAACAGGUCUUGUAUCACCUUGAAAUGAGCUAUUUUGAAGUUUACAAUGAGAAAAUUCAUGAUCUCCUUGUCUUCAAAGCUGAAAGCAGACAGAAGAAACAGCCACUUCGUGUAAGAGAACAUCCAGUGUUAGGACCAUAUGUGGAAGACCUAACAGUGAAUGUUGUCAGUUCUUACUCAGAUAUCCAGAGUUGGCUUGAACUGGGAAAUAAGCAGAGAGCAACAGCUGCUACAGUAAUGAAUGACAAAAGUUCUAGAUCUCAUUCUGUCCUCACUCUUGUUAUGACACAAACCAAGGUAAAGUUUGUGGAUGAAGAGCAACGUGAUCACAGGCUUACCAGCCAUGUAAAUCUAAUUGAUUUAGCUGGCAGUGAAUGCUGCUCUACAGCUCAGACCACUGGAGAAAGGCUGAAGGAGGGUGUGAGUAUUAAUAAAUCACUGUUAACCCUUGGAAAAGUCAUUUCUGCACUCUCCAAGCUGUCACGAAAUGGGAAGAAAACUUUCAUUCCUUACCGGGAAUCUGUCCUUACUUGGUUAUUAAAAGAAAGCCUUGGUGGAAAUUCACAAACUGCUAUGAUUGCCACAAUAAGUCCAGCUGCCAGCAGUACAGAAGAAACACUCAGCACUCUUCGCUAUGCAAAACAAGCAUGUUCAAUUAUCAACGUGGCUAAAGUAAAUGAAGAUGUGAAUGCCAAGUUAAUCAGAGAGCUGAGAGCUGAAAUUGAAAAACUGAAGGCAGCUCAGAAGAGUGCUCAGAACAGGGAUCCUGAAAAAUACAGACAUUAUUUGCAAGAAAUAACAUCUCUGAGGAUAAAAUUGCACCAGCAGGAAAGGGACAUGACAGAAAUGCAAAGGGCUUGGAAAGCGAAAUUUGAGCAAGCAGAAAAAAGAAAACUAGAAGAUAUAAAAGAAUUGCAGAAAGCAGGAAUUGCAUUCAAAAUGGACAAUCGUUUACCAAACCUUGUCAAUCUGAAUGAAGAUCCCCAGCUUUCUGAAGUGCUGCUGUAUAUGAUUAAAGAAGGAGAAACUACAGUUGGAAGGUAUACAGCAAAUUCAAAACAUGACAUCCAGCUUUCUGGCGUACUAAUUGCUGAUGAUCAUUGUGUUAUAAAAAAUACUGCCGGCCAUGUGAGUAUUAUUCCACUGAGAGAAGCUAAGACAUACAUAAAUGGGAACUGCAUUGUAAACCCAACAGUUCUGCAUCAUGGUGAUCGAGUGAUCCUUGGUGGAGAUCAUUACUUCAGAUUUAAUCAUCCAGUAGAGGUUCAGAAGAUUAAAGGGCCAUCCUGUGGAACUACACUUUUGCACGAUGGUCCGAAAGACUUUGAAUUUGCGAAGAAUGAGCUGCUUGUUGCACAGAGAGCACAGCUUGAAUCAGAAAUUGAAGAGGCACGACUCAAAGCCAAGGAAGAAAUGAUGCAAAGUGUCCAAAUCGCAAAAGAAAUGGUUCAACAAGAACUGACAUCACAAAAAGAAGCUUAUGAAAGCAAAAUAAAGUCACUGGAAGCAGAGGUGAGGGAAGAAUCUCGUAAGAAGGAAGUGCAAGAACUGAACAAUCAAAAGGCUGCAAGUAAAAUACAGGAAUUAGAGAAGGCAAAGCAAAAUCUUGAGCUAGAACUACACUUCAACAAGAAGCGCUUGGAAAUGGAGACCCUAGCUACUAAGCAGGCUUUGGAAGAUCAUACUAUUCAUCAUGCAAAAAUACUUAAAGCUCUAGAAGAUGAGAAACAGAAGAUUGCUGAAGAAAUUCAAAACCUUCAGAAGAAUCGUGCAAGUGGGAAUAGAACUGUGAAUACUCCUCUUAGCUGGAAUUCUUUGAAGUUAUCUGUGAUGAUCAAAGAGGCCAACACCAUUAGUAGUGAAUUAGGGAAAAACACUGUUUUUAACAGGCAUGACAAAAUUGAUGAUAAAACAGGAUUGGUGUCUUCUGUCCAAGUACAGGUUCGUAACAUCAAACUGCGCAUAGCAACUUUCUGGAGCCUGGAGAAAUUUGAAUGCAAACUAGCAGCUAUGAAAGAACUCUAUGAGAGUAAUGAUAGCAAUAAAGCUGCUGAUGUAUUUUAUGACCCUGCUGAUGAGUGGGAACCUGACCUUUCAGAUGCCUCAGUUUCUUCUCUUUCCGGAAGAAGAAGUAGGAGUUUCAUGAAGAACAAGAGAAUUUCUGGAUGUUUGUCUGGUAUAAAGUUGCAGCCAAUGCAGAACACACGAGCAUCCUAUAUAUCAGGUGCACAGAAUAAAUCCAGCAUAUGUCCGAACUUUUUUGAUUCUCUUCUUCCGGGAAUUUGCAAAGAAGCUAUAAGUUCAGCUUUAGAUUUACUGGAACAGAAUCAUGAAGGAGGAAAGAGCAUUGCUGAUCAUCUCCUGAGUAAUUUGCUUACAAUUUCUUCAGGAGUUUCUGCCAUUUCUAAAGCCUAUGAGCAGCAAGAUGAAGACUGUCAAAAAAAUUUUAUCUCUCUUGACCAUGAUGCUCAUUUGUACGGCAUCAAAAUUACCUCUGCUUUUGACCAGCUUGUGGUACUGAUCAAGACUUGGCUUAACAAUGUGCAGAAGUGCAUUGGAUCUAUGAAGACUAAUGAAGAAAUAAAACAGGAAGUAAAGAACUUGGGAGGUUAUUUACAGUUACUGUUGCAGGGAUGUUCUUCAGAUAUAUCCUCAAUGGUAACAGAAGCACAGAGCAAAGUCAACGAAGCAGUAAAACAGACGAUGAAAUGCAUAGGACACCUGGCUGUAUUCACAAGAACUGAUAUUUCCUUUUUUGAAGAGAACACUAUUUCUACAGUCAGUUUACAGGACUUUAUACACGCUGUUUACGAUGGAGUAGGCUCGGGGUUGGAGUUGCUUACAAACACUGUACAAGAAAAAGCAAGAAUGAUGCAGAAAGAACUAGUGAAACAAUAUCCACAAAAUGAGAUUCAAAGUCAAAUUAAGGACAAUGCUUUGGCUUUAGCCAGAUUCCUUGAAAGUAAUGUCUCUCAUUGCAGAAAGGAAAGAAUACAGUCUCACUUAGCAGAAGAAUGGCUAUCUCAGGAAAUAAAGAGAAGCACUAACAUCGCUGCGAAAUAUGUGGAACUGGAGCGGUGUCUAUCUGAAGUGCAUCAGAUUGUUUCUUCUACCUUACAAGGGUCGUUCAGAAACACGAGCCAGCUCAGGAGCUUUGCGGGAGAGAUUUCUAUCAUAGCUGGAUAUUUUAACAAUUAUUUCAGUUUACUUGCAUUGUCUUCUGCUUCUGCAAACAAUCCUUUCCAGAAAACAACAAUGCCGUUUAUGAACUUAGAUGAAUUGGACUCUCUUGUUGAUUCACUUAUUUUGAGUUUUGAACUUGAACAAGGACAGCUAAAACCGAGAUCUCAGGUUGCUUGUAAAGAAACUACUGAGACUGAAGGAAGACGAGUUGAAACAGGUGAAGCAGAACUUUCUUGGAAACAGAAGGGAGUUCCAAAACAUGCAUAUAAACUCCAGUCACCGCCUGCACUUUCAGGGGAGCUCUCACCUGAUAGGGUGAUAGAGUGGGUAUAAAAUACUGCUAUCAAGAAUUCAGGGAAAUGUUUUUUUCUUUCCGUGAAGUGAAGGUAACAUAUUACUGAAUGCUAAUACAUACUGCAGUAUUGGUUAGUAAAUGGUAUGAAAAUAAUAACUUCAUUGUAUGAUAUUAAGUGCCUAGAAUUUCCCAAGGAAAAAAAAGAAAUUUAAGACAGAGUUUAAAAUAUAGUUUUUUUGUGUUAAUA